CUUGUUGAGUUUGUUCCUUGCGUGCGUAACGCGAAGUGUGAAGAAUAAAAAUGAUAGUGAUGAUAAAAAAAAAAACUAUUGGUUCAUUAGUGGAGUUUGAUUGCAUGUACACUGAGGGGGAGUGAACUUUUGAGAUUUGGGUUUUUGUUCCUUGACGCAUGAGUACUUGUUUUGUAAAUUUGUUGGAUUCUUCAUGGUUUUGAUCUCUAAAAUUUGUUUGUGAAUCCAAGUGUUUGUGGGAAAUUCAAAAUGUUUCAGUUUCACUGUAAUUUUGAUUUUAUUUUUCCAAAUUUAUCUUUUUGAACUCUGGCCAUGGGAAUCAAACUAGAACAUAUGAUGAAAAGUGGACCAAGUAGUAAUAACAUCCUUAGUUUCUUAUCAGGAUCCUCAACCCAUACUUGGGAGCCCGUCAUGACUAGUGAGGAUACUACCGCUGCAAGUUACUGGUUGAACUGGAGGUUCUUCCUCUGUGCGCUAUGGAUCUUAACCUCAAUGGUUCUGGCAUCACUUUUAAUAUGGAAAUAUGAAGGUUUCAACAGGCAGAGACCGGAGAGGAGAGAAAACCAGCGAGAAACAAAAGGGUCUGUGUAUGAGGAUGAAGCCUGGAAGACAUGUCUCAGAGGAAUCCAUCCUGCCUGGCUGCUUGCUUACAGAACAGGGGCAUUCAUUGUGCUUUUGGCUUUGCUCAUCGCAGACGUUGUUGUUGCCGGAGGUGGCAUUUUUUUCUUUUAUACUCAGUGGACAUUUUCUUUGGUCACGAUCUAUUUUGGGCUUGGAGCUUCAUUCUCAAUUUAUGGAUGUUUCAAGCACCAUAAAGUUGGUGGCAAUGCGGCUUAUCAUGCAAGUUUAGAUGCAGAGCAAGGCACCUAUAUAGCUCCCACGUUAGGGGAGAAUGCAGAUAUGUCCAAUCUGUCUAAGAGUUCAGAUAACCAUGAAGAACCUCAUGCUAGCCAUUCUGCAGGUGUAUGGGGUUAUAUCUUUCAAAUCAUUUUUCAGAUGUCUGCGGGUGCUGUGACGCUCACUGAUUGCGUAUUUUGGCUCAUUCUUUAUCCGUUUCUAACAGCCAAAGAUUAUGAUCUGGGUUUCUUGAUUGUUAGUAUGCACUCAAUCAAUGCUGUUCUUCUCCUCGGUGAGACAAUCUUAAAUUGCUUGCGGUUUCCAAUGUUUCGGAUUGCAUAUUUUGUGCUAUGGACAGCUAUAUUUGUCAUUUUCCAAUGGGUCAUACAUGCUUGUGUUUCCAUAUGGUGGCCAUAUCCAUUUCUCGACUUGUCAUCUUCGAAUGCGCCCUUAUGGUACUUCGGGGUGGGCUUGAUGCAUAUCCCAAGCUAUGGCAUCUUUGCUUUAAUUGUUAGGCUGAAGCGCGUGUUGUUGUCUAGAGCAUUCCCAGAUUCUUACCAGAGUAUUAGGUGAGGAUGUAGAUCAGGCUUAACACUGCCCUCACUUAACCUUAUAACUAGGGCCAAACCAUUUCAUCUGAAAGAUUAGUAGUACAGGCUUUAUUCUUAGUGAGUUGCUGCGAAGGUCAUUAUUCUUUACAUCAGGAAGCAAUGGAAAAGAAACUGGUAUUUACAUUGUGAUCAGCUGGUGAACAUUAUAUUUUCCAGGACACAGAUCAUCUGUGCGUGUUUUUCUGUCUCCACAGAGGAUUAAUUGUAGUAAAAAUAUCUUUGUUCUUGGAUAAAUCAAUAAAGACAUUGUAAAUUGUUACUCAAA